AUACUACAUACUGAAGUGAUACAACUAAAAGAUAUGCAGACAACAAAUAUAAAUCCCUAUCCAGGGUUUGAUAGUACAGGUGAAUACUGUGAGACUAAAUCAAAUGGACGUGUGAGACCCGAGGCAGAGGAAUAUGCAGAAAAAAGUAGAGGGUGCAUAAACCUCUUUAACUCAGAAAAACAUACUCAUGUCAUUCAGCCACCUCCUUCCCCUCGGUGCCCUACUGGAGAAGCAAGGCAAAAUUAUGAGCAUUCAAGAACAGGACAUAUAGGAAAUUUGCUCGGUGGGAAAGGGUUACCUUUACCACCUGAACACCAACCUGUCCCCAGGGUCACUGCCGAAAGUGAAGAGAUUGCUGAAAGUCAUAAAGGGAAAUCAAUGGGGAAUUUACUAUCAAAUUAUGGUAAAAAUGCACCAUCACCUAGACCUAACCCAAGGGUUAGGGCUGAAGCUGAAGAUACAGCAGAUUUAAGUAAAGGUGGGCGAAUGGGAAGUUUAUUGCAUAGUUCAAACUUGGGCCAAGACACCCCUAGGAAUGCUCCUAGAGUCAAACCUGAGGCAGAAGAGAAUGCUAUCAAAGGAAAAGGUGCAGGAAUGGCAAAGAUCAUGGGGAGAUAUGGGGAGACACCAAGAUCUUCUAGAAUGGCCCCUCGUGUCAAACCUGAAGCGCAAAGCACAGCCGAUCUAGACAGAGGUGUGCAAAUGGAGAAUUUAUUUCACAGUUAUGGAAAGCAAGCACCAGAGCCUAAGCAAGCCCCAAAGGUAAAGGAUGGAAAAGAAAUGGCAGAGAUGGAUAAAGGAGGAAGAAUGUCCAGGUUGAUGCAUGAAAUGGAUAGGCUUGUUACUACACCAAAACCUCCUCCAAGGGUUGUUUCUUCUGCAGGGAGGAUGAAUGUGAAGAAAAACCAAGGCACUCUCAGUAAUAUUUUUGCUGAAACUUCCAAGUGGCAUAUUGUACCCAAAGCUGGUGUAAGAAAUUGAUAUUAGAGUUGGGUUUUUUCUUCUGAGGAUUAGUGUAAUAUUAUAUAGUAUAAAUUGCACAUUUAUUAUUUUUUUAUCCUGCUGCCAAAAUAGAUAAAUAGUUUUUGUCUUCAAGUUACAAAGCCUAAUUAAUAAAUUAAUUUAAAUAUUUAAGUAUUAUUUUUUAAAAAUCCAACAACGUGAUAUUUAAUGAAAUGUAUUAGCUGUAUAAAUCAAAUAGUUGUUGCAAUUAAGUUUAGAGUAUAUUAUAUACUACAUUUAGAGUUUUUUCCAUAAAUUUCAUAUUUUGCUCAUUAUGCCAGAUUAACUUCAUGUUUUUACAAUGAAUGUAGAGUUGAUCAACUAGUUGCUUUUUUUUUUUGGAAUGUACUUAUUUAUGUGAUAACAUAAUUUGGUUUUUUUAUACUGUUGUUUUAGUUCAAAUAACUUCACAUAUUGAUUACAAAAUGGUUAUUGUUUUAUAAUGAAACUUUUUAUAUAUAUAGAUUGUUUCAUUUUACAUUUGUUUUUUGUUUUUUUUUAAUUUUAUGCCAUUAAAAUAACUGCACACUGCCACAUAAAAGACAUUAGUUCUAGCAAAAUUAGAAAAUCAAUGCUUAACUUGUUCUAUUUUGUUCUAAACAUUUAUAAUUCCCUUAACCACAUAGAUUUUUAUUAUAACAGAAAAAUGUUUUUUUAAUGCCUUAAGAUGUAUUCUCUUCAAGAAAAUUGCUCAUUAAAAAUAGCCUUUCACUUACAACAGCUUAAAAUAGCCAGUUUUAAGAAUUUCUAUGGUUUUUCUUCAGUUUACAAAAAUUUAAAAGAAAUGUUAUACCUUCCUAUAAUGGUAGAUCUACUGCUAAAAUGUUUUUUGCCAUUUCCAUUUCAGACAAAAACAAAACAAAAUGAUGUUUUUUGUUAAUAAUUUGUUUGUUGUUUUUUCUUGUUAAUUUGCAAUAAGGAUCUAAUAUGAUCACACAUUUUAAAUUAAAAUCAAAUUUCAAAAGUUUUUAUUAUUAUACUUAUUAAAAAAACCUUACCUGAAGAUUGUUUUCCUAUAAUGUAUUAAAUGUAACUUGUGUUUAAAAUUGUAAGACUGUGACAUCUUUUUAUAAGUGCAAUUAUAUUUUUGUAAAGCAUUCACUCCACUGUC